AUAAAUAUACGCGCAGCACGGCCUCAUGGCUGAUCAGGUUGGUUGACAUGCAUGCGUGCCAAGAGUGGAAUAAUUAUGAUGCGAUGAUGUAUCUUGAUCGUCUUUGAAUAUGGACACAGUGGAUGUUCCGGGAGGUCAUCCAUCAGAAGAUGAGGUAGAUGGCGGUAAAUUGUGUUCAACAGAAAAGAAUUUGCCUUCAGACAAUGCUAUUGAAAGUCAGGCUGCAGCAGGAACUGAAACUAAUGUCAUGGAUGAAAAAUGUGCUCAGAAUGUAGUAACUGACCCCGAGGAGCAGAAUGACAAGUUGGCACCCAAAACAAAUGAUGACUCUAAUCCCGCUGAAAGAUCACAAUCAGCAUCUGAUAGCAGCACUGUUAAUGAGGCAUAUGCAGAAAAGUCGACUUUGGAUUAUCAAGAAGCACCAGGAGAGCCUGGUCCAAAAGCUGGGGUUGUUUGCCAUCCAUCAGAAGAUGCUGAGUGCCUAACUGAAGCUGGAGGAGUCGCAAUUGCUUCCAAAGAUGACAAAGAUGCCGACAGUGGUCUGGAAAAGGAAAAUACUGAUGACAACAACCCAGAGGUAAUUGCUGGAGUCCUGAAUGCUCACAAAGAGGCCAAAGAAUCCGACAGUGGUCUGGAAAAGGAAACAUCUGAGGACAACAACCCAGAGGUAAUUGCUGGAGCCCUGAAUGUCCACAAAGAGGCCAAAGAAUCUGACAGUGGUCUUGAAAAGGAAAAUACUGAUGUCAACAACCCAGAGGUAAUUGCUGGAAUCCUGAAUGCCCACAAAGAGGCCAAAGAAUCCGACAGUGGUCUGGAAAAGGAAACAUCUGAGGACAACAACCCAGAGGUAAUUGCUGGAGCCCUGAAUGUCCACAAAGAGGCCAAAGAAUCUGACAGUGGUCUUGAAAAGGAAAAUACUGAUGUCAACAACCCAGAGGUAAUUGCUGGAGUCCUGAAUGCUCACAAAGAGGCCAAAGAAUCCGACAGUCCUCUUGAAAAGGACAAUUCUGAGGACAACAACCCAGAGGUAAUUGCUGGAGUCCUGAAUGUCCACAAAGAGGCCAAAGAAUCCGACAGUGGUCUGGAAAAGGAAACUUCUGAGGACAACAACCCAGAGGUAAUUGCUGGAGUCCUGAAUGUCCUCAAAGAGGCCAAAGAUGCCAACAGUGGUCUUGAAAAGGAUAAUUGUGGGGACAACAACCAAGAGGUAAUUGCUGGAGUCCUGAAUGUCCACAAAGAGGCCAAAGAAUCCGACAGUGGUCUUGAAAAGGAAACUUCUGAGGACAACAACCCAGAGGUAAUUGCUGGAGUCCUGAAUGUCCUCAAAGAGGCCAAAGAUGCCAACAGUGGUCUUGAAAAGGAUAAUUGUGGGGACAACAACCAAGAGGUAAUUGCUGGAGUCCUGAAUGUCCACAAAGAGGCCAAAGAAUCCGACAGUGGUCUGGAAAAGGAAAAUUGCGAGGACAACAACUCAGGGGUAAUUGCUGGAAUGAAAGAAGUCUGCGACUGUGGUACUGAUCAGAAAUCAAGCAUGCAGAAGAAAACUGAAAAGGAUGUCAUUGAAGAAGACAAACCUUUAAAUGAUCUAUUUGAUGCUGGUCCAUUAGUAGUUGAAGUGAACCCACUGAAUGACAUUGGGGAAAGCUUUAAACCUGAUGCAGUGAGUAAAACUGCAGUUAAUGUUGCAACAACCCCACCACAAGCAGAAACUCUAUCUCCCCCUGAAUCAACAGAUGAGUGUAAUCUCAUGGAGGGAAGAAGUGAUGACAGUAAUGAUAGAGUAGAGGAAUUAAAAGUGGAACAUCCAUGUGUUUCAGAUAGGAGGCCUGAGUCAGUUGAAGUUGUUUCUGAACAUUCUGUAAACUCUGUUACCCAAGAAGCAUCUGUAUGUGCAGUCAGUGUUGCACUUUGUAGAAAGUCACUGUCAACUGCAGAUGAAGAACUACGUGAACCAUUCCCUCCAGGCAAGCCACCAAAUGAAUCAAAUAAAACACUUGUAGACAAUUCAUUCAAAGAAACUGUCCAGCAACAAAUUGCAAAUGUCACAUAUUUUAAAUGUGCUGCAUUAGGAAAUGUAAACGACAAUGUUUCACAUAAAGUGUCUGGUAAAUACAGCCAAAAUCCUGAUAAUGAGGCAGAGCAUGGAAAUGACGAGGGUGUUUCAGUUGUUGAAGAAAGAAGUUGUGCUCAUAUUGAUGAAGACAAAUCCAUUAAUGAAUCAAAUGACAAAAUUGAAAAAAGUUCUUUAUCUUCCCUUGAAGAGCAGCCAAAGCAUGAUCAAAAUCUGAAAGAUGAAAGACCCCUUUCUACCUGUGAGGAUCACAUUGAUGGAUCCAACAUUGAUGAUCAUCCAACAGAUGAUGUUCAUCAGCCAAGUACAGAUGAUACAGGUCCUGAGCAUGGGGUCCUUACCAAAUUGAAGCAUCCUGAUCCAGAGGAAGCAGCUGGUGAACCAAGUCAAGAUGUUUCUUUGUCUCCCCUUGAUGAGCAGGCAAAGGGUGAUCGAAAUGUGAUAGAGGAAACGCCCCUUUCUACCUGUGAGGAUCACGUUGAUGUAUCCAGUUCACAAGCAGCUACUGACCAUGAAGAAUGUGAUUCUUCAGGAGAGUUGGUCAUUGAUGAGGUUGAAUGUGAAACAAGUUGUGCUGAUAUUGAUGAAGACAAAUCCUCAAAUGAAUUAGAUGGCACGUUUGCAAAUAAUCCACCUGCAGAUGCAGUUCAUCAGACCAGUACAGUUGAGACAAGUUCUGAUCAUGGGGAUCUUUCCAAAUCAAAGCAACCUGUUCCAAAAGAACCUGUUGAUACUGAGGAAAAGCAUGAAGGAAGAAAGUCUGGAUUGAUUGCUGAAGAAACAAGUUGUACUCAUAUUGAUGAAGAUAAAUCCCCAAAUCCAUCAAACGACACAUUUGCUAAUAAUCCAUCUACAGAUGAUAUCCAUCAGUCCAGUACAGAUGAGCCAAGUUCUGAUCAUGGGGUGCUUACGAAACAAAAGCAACCUCUUCCAGAGGAAGCAGCUGGCGAACCAAGUCAAGAUGGUUCUUUGUCUUCAAUAGCAGAGCAGCUAGAACAUGAUCAAAGUAUACCAGAGGAAACGCCCCUUUCUAUCUGUGAGGAUCCAUCCACUGCCCACACACAACCUGGAAAUCAUGACUCUUUAAGAGAGUUGGUCACUGAUAAGAAUGAAUCAAGUCAAGAUGUUUCUUUGUCUCCCCUUGAAGAGCAGCCAAAUCGUGAUCGAAAUCUGAUAGAUGAAACGCCCCUUUCUACCUGUGAGGAUCAUGUUGAUGUAUCCAGUUCACAAGCAGCUACUGACCAUGAAGAAUGUGAUUCUUCAGGAGAGUUGGUCAUUGAUGAGGUUGAAUGUGAAACAAGUUGUGCUGAUAUUGAUGAAGACAAAUCCUCAAAUAAAUUAGAUGACACAUUUUCAAAUAAUCCACCCGCAGAUGACAUCCAUCAGUCAAGUACAGAUGAGACAAGUUCUGAUCACGGGACUCUUACAAAACAAAAGCUACCUGUUCCAGAGGGAGCAACUGGCAAACCAAGUCAAGAUGGUUCUUUGUCUUCCAUAGCAGAGCAGCUAGAACAUGAUCAAAGUAUACCAGAGGAAACGCCCCUUUCUAUCUGUGAGGAUCCAUCCACUGCACACACAGACUCUGGAGUUGAUGACUCUUUAGGAGAGUUGGUCACUGAUAAGCAUGAAUGUGAAACUGAACACGAGCAUACGCAAGGCUUGUCUGGUGCUGGUCAGAAAUUGAAGGAUCAAAAUUCACAGUGUCAAGAAUCUGUUGAUGCAAAGAGCCAUGAUUUUCUCACCAAUAAGAAAACAGAUCUUACUGAAGGUGAGCAGGAUGCCAGUGAAUUAGCUGUAGGCAUGACCAGGAAGACCACAGAAAGCUUGAGUGAUGAACAGACCCAGGAAACUGAGCAAGGAGCAAGAUCUGAGAAAUGUGUAGAGAUUGGUAAUAACAGCGAAAAAGAGAAGUUAGGUGGUAGUGGAGAGAGAGAAGACACUACAACUCCAGAAGGUGACACUGGUGAUGGAACAGAUAGAAUCAACAGCUGUCCCAUUAAAAAAGAUUUAGAACAGGCUUGUGAAUCUCAACCUUUUGAUGUGGAUCACAUACAGUCUAGUUUUGAAGAUAAUGUCAGUCAAGACAACAAAAUUAUGGAACAGCCUGAUGAAGAUGCUUGUUCUUCACAAGACAAGGUACAUGACUCAGAAGAGACUUGUGAAACUCAACCUUUUGAUGUGGAUCACAUACAGUCUAGUUUUGAAGAUAAUGUCAGUCAAGACAACAAAAUUAUGGAACAGCCUGAUGAAGAUGCUUGUUCUUCACAAGACAAGGUACAUGACUCAGAAGAGACUUGUGAAACUCAACCUUUUGAUGUGGAUCACUUUCAUUUUGAUAAGGAAGGUGACAGUUAUCAAGACGUCAGUACAGCUAAGGAAAAUCCUGAUGAACAUCCGUCAAGAGAACAACAAUUGGCAGAAAACGAAAAGUUGACAGAUGAUUCCAGAGAGCAGACAGUUACAGAGGUGGCCCAUGAUCAGGAUAGUGGUCUUAGGGAUGGUGUUUUUCACCCAGAGAGUGGUGCAAAAGCAACAUUUGCCAAGGAGGAUACAGCAAAUAAUGCUCAUGGAUUUGUGAUGUUAAGCCCAUUUACACUCACGCGAGAAGAAUUUGAUGCUCAAGACAAAAGUCCUGACUUGAAGAAAUCAAAUGUACAAGCUUCAAUUAAAUCUGCAAAACAAAUGUGUGAUGCUGUCCAAACUACUGAUGCAGGGAGGGAAGAUACCAGUUUUGCAAUAGGGGAACAUCAAUCGUCUGGCAGCAGUGAAGUGGCAGAAGGACAAAGCCAAGAAACCUCAUAUUUAGAAGCAGGAGACAUGAACAUGAUGAAGAGUCCUGAGAAAGAAACAGAUGUUGCUGAAACUGAAGAUGAUGUAUGUCAAGCAGGUGAAGAAGUUCAAACUGGAGGAGAUGAUGAAAAAACAGCUGAUAACAAUUCUGAAGACAAACCUCCCCAGCAGGAGUUGAAGUUAAAAAGUCCUGAAAAGGGUCGAAUUUCCAUUGGCUACUCUAAAAGAAAGGAUAAAUUCAAAUGCUUUCUCUGUGAUGAAAUAGGUUCUGGUGGUAGCUUUGAAGAACAUGUGAUGCAACAUCUUUUAUGGAAGCCAUACAAGUGCCUUUACUGUUCACAGUACUUUAUUACACGAUCUGAUAUCGGAAAGCAUGUGUCAGAGAGUCAUAACGGAAAACAGCUUAGAUGUGGUUUGAGGGCAAUCAAGAAGGCUAAAGAAUGUAUGCGAGAAGCCCAAAGGAAGGGAACCUGUAUGUAUUUUGCUGAUAAAUUGAAUGGUAUGUACUGGUCCUGUAAAAAAAAGAAAACAGAUCACGAAGCAAAGUUGUUGGAUGAGAAGGCCGAAGGAACCAGUGGCAUGCCAACACAGUGCACUGAGGAAUCUGUUCAGGGCACUGAGGAAUCUGUUCAGGGUACAAAGCAAGUGCCAGAGCCUGGUUUCGAUCAAAGUGAUCAGGCUGAAGUCAAUCAGAUCAGUAUGGACAGAGUCCUGGACCAAGGAAAUGUUAUACAGCCUAGAUCUAGUGACUUCAGUACAUCAUUCAACACGUCGAAAACUGCAAUGGUUAAUCAAGGAGGAGAAUCUAGGAAUAGUACGCCUGAUGUUAUCUUUACAAAGCAGUUGGUGAAACCAAGGGAUGGUGAUACUGUAUUGGCUACAACAAACCUAGGAACAGUCUCAGUCUCAGUCUCAGCAUCAGCACCAGCAACAGCAACAGCAACAGUCCCUCAACCAGUUGCGGCAACAAUCACAGCACAAGUCCAAGCAGCAAUUCCAGCAGCAACCCAAGCAGCAAUCCCAGCACAAGCGCUAACAACUGUCCAACCUAUAACUAGUCCAGUUCAUAACAGCCUUCAAAGUAUAAUACCAGGAACAAUCUCUCCACAGAGUAUGAAUGUUCAGGUGAUUCAGUCAACAGGUUUAACAGUACCUGCGAUACCAGUGUUCCUUAAUCAUAUUAGUGGUGGAGUGAAAACCCCUGUAGUGUCAGAUGCUUCAAUCACAGGAUUCACCUCAGUAUUAACAUCUCCUCCAGCAUCAAACUCCGUUGUUCAACAGCUAACACUGUCUCCACCAAAGAUUAUGCCCAGAAGCCAUAUAAUUUCAUCAGACCCAAAUAAAAUUAUUUUGGGGAAUCCAGCCACUGUUCCAGUGAAUCAAGGUCUGCAAUCAAAUAUGCAGCCCAUUCUCAUUCCAGUAUCAUUAAACACGAAUGUAAAUCAGUUUGGUGUGACCCCAGUCUCUUCCAAAGCUUCAUCAAAAGGAGAAAGAGCAGAAAGAGAAAUUCAGCCUGUCAAAGAUAAAGGAAGCCCUGAUGGGAACACCAAAUCUAAGGAUAAACAGCUGAAAUUCCAUGAUAUAACUCAAGCUUUUAGGCCUCCAAUUGCUAAUAUUACAAUAUUACCGCGACCCCCUACAGCUAAGCAGCAUUUGCCUCUUUUGACAUCAUUUUUUCUUCCAUCACAACAAUCCUCAUCAAGCACUCCUCAGGUCCUGAAUUCUACUGCUGCAUCUGGGUUUAUUCCACAAAAUGUAUCAAUUGUGAAUCCCAACUGUCCAGUUCUCGUCAUUCAGAAAGCCGGAUAUGGGCCAUUCAUGCAGUUGAAGUCAUCAAAUCAAACAGCACCCGUUGAGUCACAAAUUCUCACCCAUCCAAAAAGACAGAAUCCAUCAGAAGUAGAACAUGCAGUUUCCUCCAAGAAUAUCCCGCCAAGUGAAGGGCAGAAACAGACUCUGACUUCUGGCAGCUAUGUGUAUAAGCCACAGCCUUCUGAUCAAUCUAAGCGUGUGUGUGUCAUGUUUACAGUAGGUCUUGUCAAUGGUGUGUUUGUCUGUGCCAUGUGUAGGGGAAGAUUUAAACAUGAAAACAGCUUCCGAGCACAUCUGUGGAAUCACAUUCAUGAUGCAAACAUGCCCUGCCCCCAUUGUAAAUCAUCCAAUGUGUCUGGAUUGAAUAUUCUAGCAUGUUCAAAAACGGAUGGAUACAUGGAGAAACUUAAGACUGGCUUGGUAGGCAAUUCAUCUUACCUUGAAAUUAAAGGCUACAGAACUGUAUCAAACACUGUGGAUUCUCAACUUUCAAACACUCAAAAUGAGCCAAGUAAGGCUCAGAAGUGCCAAAUGGAUAAAUCAAAACACAGCCAAGGUAUAAUAGACAUUUCUUCAGAGGUUGUUUCCAGGGAGCCUGUACAAAAUGCUAUUUUUCCUGAAGCAAGACCGAAAGGCUUAGCUCCCAUCAUCCAUGGGGAUGAAGCAACUGCUAAAACUGGUGUUGAGUAUCAUUCUGGUACUUUGGCAACUGGGGUUCCUGACCAAUAUGUCCGUGGUGUGGCCAGUGGUACUGGGGAGCCUUCAUUCAAGGAACAGCAAUCCAGCAACAAUGAUGAGUUGGACAAAUCCACAGCAGCACCAGAUCUUGAGGGUGACCUGCCCCGUGUCAAGAUUACUUCAAGAACUGUGUCCUCAGUCAUGUCAGAAGGUGCUGAUAAUACAGAAGGACACUUGCCUUCAAUAACACCCAAUCAGGACAGUGACGAAAAAAGUAAGGGUGUUGCUAAACCUGUUUCUUCAGAUCGGGGAGAUCACACCACGGGGGAUGCAAAGGACUCUAAAAAAUUGGCGCCAGGAUCAGAAAAAGAUUUGAACAGAAACGCACCCUCUCCUGUCAAAGUGACAACGACAUGGACGUUUUAUGUUUGUGGAUCACAAUGUGGGUAUUCUUCCUUAUAUGCCCAAGAAUUUAAGAAACAUGUUGCUGAGUGUAACCGAUCAGGUUCAUUGUUGUGUUCCCAUUGUCAGUAUUCUAGCGAUGGUCCUGAGAGCCUGCUCCGCCACAUUGUGAAGCACUAUGUGGGCCAUGCGCCUGGUAUAGCUGUGCACACAUGUUCAAUCUCAGGCUGCAGGUUCACGACCAACAUCUUGCAGGGAUAUUAUCAGCAUCUGGCAAGCAAUCACACUGAAGUCAAGGAGUAUGAGUGCAACUACUGCAAGGAUGUAUUCUCUGAUCUUGUCUCUUUCAUGAAACAUCUACAAGAAAACGUCCUUCAUGUUGUGAGUUGCAGAUAUUGCAGUGCUAGAGAUUGUGCAAAGACAGUGCUAGUCAAACAUAUCAUGGAGGCUCAUCCAGGAAAAAGCAGAAUGACAAAUAUGUUGAAACAGUUAGUGUGCAAGGACAGAAAAGACAAUCAUGCCCUGUCAUUGCUUUCACCCAAGUCUUCAUCUGCAUCAAAACCAGCUAUUGGUGCUUCUACAGCUCCUGCCACUGAAGCUCUUCCAUCAGUUUUGGGAGACGGUGGCAGGGUGGAUCAGAACAUUGUCCUUGAGAUUGACAGAGCUGCUUCACCUGCAUUAGCUGAAAAUACUGAUGCACACCUCUCCUGUAAUGAAACAGGCGAUGAGACCAGUUUGGGUGGCUCUGUCAAAGAUGCUUCCCUUGAUCCUGUUUUUAGGUGUUCGGUGUGCACAUAUAUUGGGGUAGAUAGACAUGAUUUGAACACUCACAUUGCUAAGCACGAUGAUAAAACAAGCAAAACGGCCACAGCAUUUUCAUGCACAGAGUGCCCUGAUGGAUUCAACUUUCUGGCAAAUUUUGAGAUACAUUUAAGAAGACACAGCAAACUACUGACCUACAAUCUCUAUGUUUGCUCAGUGUGCAAAUAUGAAGUGGGCAGCAAUGAUGUAAUGUUGAAUCAUAUGGCCCAGAUUCACAAGCUGACUGGUAAAGGGCAGACGCAAUUUAGUCGUAAACUCAAGGUGUCCAAGACAGAUGUAUUGAACUGUUCCCAAUGCCCUUUUCAAUGUUUGGACCAAAAUGUGCUUGAUGUACACAGGCAGAAGCGCCAUCUGUCAAGUACCAACAAGACGCCAAAACAGAUGUCAAAGGAUGCUUCACUUUCAAACACUUCAUCGAAUGAAGAUCAAGUUUCAGCCAAUAACAAAAGUGCUGAGAAAGGUGAAAAGCCCAUUGACAGUCACAGCAGAGAAAAAGGUAAAGGUAAACUGAAGAUGACGAUUCCUCACAACAGUGUCUUCAUCAGCCCUGUCAGAUGCAUUAGCUGCAAGUUUUCCUCGGUGUACAAAGCCAAUAUUCAACGCCAUAUGGAUAAACACCAUCCUGAAAUAGAGCUUGUAGUCGAGAGUGGGAAAAUAGGAAGUCCACUGAAAAAAGUCGUGACAGAUGAAGCUCCAGUGAAAUUGGAACCGAAUGAUAUGAGACUCCAAAUUGGCAGCACCCUAUUGGACACGGAACUUCAGUGGUUAUACGAGGGUCAUGGAUCAUCCUAUCGCUGUAUGAUUUGCUCAAAGUCUUUGUACAAGAGAAACUACCUCCAUGGCCACAUCCUCGACCAUUUAGACAUUUCUUUGUGGAAAUGUAAGGAGUGUGAUUUCAAGAGCUCCCGAAGGAACAUUGUGAAAGAUCACAUGAAGGAUAUCCAUGAAAAGAAAUGUCACACAGAAGAGGUAGUUCCAGUUGUGGAUGAAAUAAGGCCAAAGAUUUUCAAGGUUCUUGGGAAGCUGAUCCAGGACGACAAGCUUGUCACUGAUGUCAAGCCAUCUCUGGGUACUAAGGAAUUAGAUGAGAAGCUGAAGUACAUGUAUAAAGUGAUUGGAAAGCAGAAGAUCUGCAAACGAUGUGAAACAGAACACCAGUCGCUUUAUUCUAUGCAUAGCCACAUCAUGAGGAGGCAUUUUGGUCUGCAUCUUUUCAAAUGCUGUUAUUGUGACUUUUCUGGACUUGAAAGAUAUGUUGUGGCAAAACACUCCAAAGAAAAACAUCCUGAUGAAGAAUUAUCAGUUCGAUAUCAUCCCAACAACAUUAAAGAUAUGGUAUCAGAUGAGGAUAAAAAGAGAACUGAAAGAUCUCAUCAGAGUACCACUAAGUCUUCAAGCUCUGAUCACUCCUCAUCCCAUGAGAGACGAACAGAGUUGAGAGUUGGGAGUGACAUGUUGGAUCAGAAACUACAGCCAAUGUAUGACGUCAGAAUCGGAAAAAUAAGAAAACUGAUUUGCAGGAGCUGCCAGGCUGAUUACCCAAGCAAGUACUCCCUACAUUGUCAUCUCCUCAAGCAUUUGAAGAUCAAUCUUGUAGCCUGCCCACACUGUGAUUUUGAACUUCUGGAACAAAGCAAGAUGGGUGAUCACAUCAAAGUAGUGCACCCGAGAAGUCAUAUCUACUUCAAGUUCCUUGAUGUGGACAUUGGGUCGGCAGUUAAGGACUAUCUGGAGAAAAAGGAUGCUCAGCCUAAAACAGACAGAAAAAAACCACCAAAAGCUGCAAAACCUAAGUUGUCUGACCUCCUUGCAAAACGAAAGCCUGCCAGUCCGAUCAAGCAUGCAAGAAGUCCUGAGAAAGUUUCUAAGAAUGUGAUGUCAGUUACUGCAGGGGGGUUGAAAAGGUUCAAGUGUCGGUUGUGUGAUUACAUGGCCUUGACAAAGCACAGUGUUGGCACUCAUGUUUUCAAAGUUCAUAAAAACUCCGGAACAAAAACAACGACAAUCACAGAUGCUUCAAGGUCAUUAGUUCCUGAUUAUUUCCUAUGUAAGUUUUGUAAAUUCAAGACACAUCUUUUGGAAUUAUUGAAGUCUCAUUACACUCGUAAACAUCCGCUUGAAACCAUGGAUGAACCUGUGGCAGUCCCGGAGAAUACGAUUGAGAGUGGAGAUGAAGGUGGAGAUGGUUAUGAUGAUGAUGAUGAUGAUUUCACGCCUGAUAGUUUACAACAUUUCUCAUCUCUAUUUGCGGAGAAGGAAACUUGUCAAAAUGAGGAAGGUAACAAGAAUUCAGAAAAUGCUCAUCCUGAAACUCCAAAGGAAGAAGACAAACAAAAGAGGGAGUCCCCUGUAACAUUUGAAGAGGCAAGAGUUGUUCUCGAAAAGAUUGAUGCUGGAGACAAAGCUGUGAGUGAUAUUUCCGAGAGAGUAAAGUUAAAAAAGCGGAAAGAGAAAUGUUAUGAGGAAGAUGCAGAAGGGCAGCCAGCUAAGAAAAUGAAGGCACAAGAUACAGAACACAGCCAAGUGUCAUACAAGUGUCCUAAGUGUAGCUAUGUGGAUAGCAGUAAGACCAAGGGAGUGCUACAUCUGAAGAAGAUACAUAAUGUGAAUAAACUAAUGCAGUGUGCUUAUUGUACAGCUUCUUACAUAACAGAAGACACACUGAAAAACCACAUUCGGUUCCUCCACAAAGGCAAGGAGAUCUUGCACCAAGAAAUACCUCUGGAAAGUAUGCUUGCAGAAGUAACAAGUUCCCACCCUUCUCCUGAGGUCUCCCCUGGUGUUGGUGAGAGUCCGCCAUCAGGGAAGUCUGCGGAUGCUGCUCAGAAUAAGCCUGCACUUCCAGGUGGGUCUUCUGGUUCUGAUAAAGCUCCAAAGCCAACAAAAUCAUCAAAAUCGCUAAAAGACCAGCUUUCUCCAGAAUCAAAGGAAUCUAAGAAAAUUGAUAAUAGUGCUGAAGCAUCAAAUAUCUCUUCAAAGGACUCUUCAAAAGACGUAUCUAAAGACUCUAAACAUGCCCCCAAAGUCGAUCAUGAACCAGAACCACAGAGGUCCAAGUAUGCGUCAUUUGUGCCAAGCAGCCCAGAUAAUAGCGAUCAUGAAGAGAGAGUCUAUUACAAAUAUGUGUGUGUUUACUGUGACGUCAACAUCAAUAGUAAAACUGAAAUAAAGACACAUCUUGCAAAACAUUGUCUGGAGAGACUUCAUGGGAAUAAAAUUCCAGAAUCAGAAGAGGCCAGAUUAAAAAUCAAGAAGAAAGUGCGAGACAUUAUUCCCAUUUGUGUUGAGCGUGCCAACAAUAAAAAGGUCAAGGUCACCUCACAGCCUGAAACAAUCGAACCAGAAGCUUCUCGUGCAGCAUCUGAGGCCGAAACUGAGAGACAAUCAACAGAACCAUUAAAAAAUGAUGUUGAGUUUGAAAACAAGGUGGUAAAACACAAAAAACACGUUCAGUCAGAGUCAGAUUCCGAUUCUGAGUUUUUGACAAGACCUGUUAAAAAAUGCAGACGAAGGAUAAGGGCUGUGAUUUCAUCAUCAGAUGAAGAUGAACCCAUCGUAGCACGGAAAGAAGAGCGAGUGAAAAGAACCUCAACCCACAGGAGAAUUUACUGCUGUCACCUCUGCCGGUACAAGGUGGGAUCUCUCUACAAGUUCCGGAGCCAUCUUGCUUCACACGGCAACUUCAAAUACCUCAACCCAGACAUGUCCCUGGGAUUGGUGUUGAAAUGUGGCUUCUGUGGAUUUCAGGCCAAGGACAAAGACAGCUUCAGCCAACAUGUGGAGGAACACCUGGAUGGGCGAAUCUACAAGUGUGGCUACUGCAAGUAUGACAGCUACCACAGCAAGAAUAUGAGGUCGCACUUGAAGAACAAGCAUAGACACAAGCCGGAGAAAAUUAUAGAUCUUCGAAUCUCUAUGAACGAAAGAGCUCGUCGGCCUGCUGCAAGGGCCGAGUUGGUCAACCUGGAUCCGAUCGUGAUGUUGGAAGACGUCAUCAUGAACAAGGAUUUUCCCCGGUUGCUGAAGGAGCUGGGUGUCCGAACACUGGACAUGGAUGAGAACAUGAAGGAUGUGAUUCUGGGGCAACCCGGGCAGAAGAUUGAAGUGAGGGACAUGGAGCUCGAGGAUUCUACUGAUGAGGAGGACUCUAACAGUGAGAUGGAAUGCAGGGUUGAUGAUGAUGUUGGAUAUAUGAUCUCUUCCGAAGGAUCUGAUGUCCCUCUCGGGGAAGUGGACAUAGAGGAUGUUUCAGAUGAGGAUUUGUAUAGAUUGGCUCCUCCCCCAACUGAUUGAGAGUGGGACCAACAUUGAAGUGGGGGACGGCUGAAGGCUUUUAGUGAUGAGGAUUUGCGUGCAAUGGCUCCUCCAGAUCACAGAAUGGGUUUUCUUCUAGACUGAACUUUUGUGUGCUAUCGCUCCGCCAGAUCACAGAAUGGGUUUUCUUCUAGACUGAACUUUUGUGUGCAAUGGGUCCUCCAGAUCACAGAAUGGUUUUCAUCUAGACUGAACUUUUCUUUGCAAUGGCUUCCCAGAUCAUAGAAUGGGUUUUCUUCUAGACUGAACUUUUGUGUGCUAUGACUCCGCCAGAUCACAGAAUGGGUUUUCUUCUAGACUGAACUUUUGUGUGCUAUGACUCCGCCAGAUCACAGAAUGGGUUUUCUUCUAGACUGAACUUUUGUGUGCAAUGGCUUCCCAGAUCACAGAAUGGGUUUUCAUCUAGACUGAACUUUUCUUUGCAAUGGCUCCUCCAGAUCACAGAAUGGGUUUUCUUCUAGACUGAACUUUUCUUUGCAAUGGCUCCUCCAGAUCACAGAAUGGGUUUUCUUCUAGACUGAACUUUUGUGUGCUAUGACUCCGCCAGAUCACAGAAUGGGUUUUCUUCUAGACUGAACUUUUGUGUGCUAUGACUCCGCCAGAUCACAGAAUGGGUUUUCUUCUAGACUGAACUUUUGUGUGCAAUGGCUUCCCAGAUCACAGAAUGGGUUUUCAUCUAGACUGAACUUUUGUGUGCUAUGGCUCCGCCAGAUCACAGAAUGGGUUUUCUUCUAGACUUUUAUGCCGCUUUUAGCAAUAUUACAGCAAUAUCACGGCAGAGGACACCAGAAAUGGGCUUCACACAUUGUACCCAUGUGGGGAAUUGAACCCGGGUCUUCGGCGUGACGAACGAACGCUUUAAAAGCUAGGCUACCCGACCGCCCCUUCCUUUGAACAGACAACCAAUAAACUGUCUAUUUAUAUGUAUAUGAUAGAAAUUGCAUAAAACUGUUCUUUUAAUUCUGUAGUAUGUGUAUAUAUGACAGUUUGUUUGUUGUUUAACGCCACACUCCACAAUAUUCAAGCUAUAUGAUGGUGGUCUGUACCAGACAAUCCAGUGAUCUACAUCAUGAGCAUCGGUCCAUGCAAUUGUAUAUAUGACAGUGGCAGAUCUGCUCGGUGCAUAGUAUUUGACACCCUCAUGGAUUCUAGUUACGAACAUCGGUCUCCAGCAACCUCUGUUUUUCUGUCAUAAGAGGUGACUAAAUGGAUCAGGCUAAUUGAUUGCAUGGCAUUAUAAAAGCUGGAAUAUUGCUGAGUGUGGCAUCAAACAAACAAGUAUAUGCUGCAAGCCCCCCUCCUUUUGAAAAGGGGCGGUCGGGUAGUCUAGUGGUUAAAGCGUUCGCUCGUCACGCCCGAAGACCCGGGUUCGAUUCCCGACAUGGUUACAAUGUGUGAAGCCCGUUUCUGGUGUCCACCGCCGUGAUAUUGUUGGAAAAUUGCUAAUUGCGGCGUAAAACCAUACUCACUCACUCACUCACUCUCUCCUUUUGAAAAUCAUAUAUGCACACAAAUGGCAAUCAGCCAAUUGUCACUGAAGCUCUGCUGUUACAUUGUUGAUAUUUUAUAUAUCCAGUCGCUUCUGACUGACAUCUACGUCCAAAAGAGAGUACUAUUGACGGAAUAUUUGUGUACAAUGCUGGUUUACAUUUUUAAAGAUGGGAAAUUCCCAGCCAAGUCUUUUAUAAAAGCUGACAACUGAUGGGCUCAAAAACCCACACAUUAUUCAUUUUGAUUGGUUGGUCAAUAUCUGAUCAAGGUUCACCUGACAUGACCUUGUCGGAGAUUUUCAUGCAGAAGAGUGGCGGUGGGGUAGCCUAGUAGUUUAAGCGUUCGCUCAUCACGCCAAUGAAGAGGGUUCGAUUCCCCACAUGGGUACAUUAUGUGAAGCCCAUUUCUGGUGUCCCUCGCGGUAAUAUUAUUGCUAAAAGCUGCAUAAAACCAUACUCACUCACUCACUCACUCACUCAUGCAGAGUCUGACCUGACAUUGAUAAAAUUAUUAUUUUGUUUCUCUUGUUUUGCGGUUCAUGUUCAACUUCAUCCAUCAUGUCCACAGCAUCCAUAAAUCGAAGCAUGUCUGAUUCAUUUGGAUCUCAAUUUGCUCUACUAAUCUGAGGGGCGGUCGGGUAGCCUAGUGGUUAAAGCGUUCAAUCGUCACGCCGAAGACCCGGGUUUGAUUCCCGACAUGGGUACAAUGUGUGAAGCCCAUUUCUGGUGUCCCCUGCCGUUAUAUUGCUGGAAUAUUGCUAAAAGCGGCAUAAAACCAUACUCACUCACUCUACUAAUCUGAAGUUGUCAUCCUCUGCUGAAGGGAGUUAAAGCCUACCGGGUACUCGGCAUGUAGAGCCAGAAUGUGAAGUCUUGCGACGGUGGGGUAGCCCAGUGGAUUAAAGUGUUUGCUUGCAACUCUGAAGAUUCGGGUUCAAUUCCCCUCUGGGGUACAACGUCUGAAGCCCAUUUCUAGUGUCCUCCACCCCAAUUUUGCUAGAAUAUUGUUAAAAGCGGCGUAAAACCAUACUCACUCACAUGGUUCAUAAAUUUAGCAAUUUCCUUAGUAUUGUUUAUGACUGUGUAAAGAUGAUGUGCAUAUAUUUAUUUUAUAGUUUUCAAGUCAUAUUCGUCCCAGCACUGUGACUGUUUAAGUCAGUACUUGAUUUUAAAAAAGCUACACUGUUGUAUGUGAAUUGAUGCGACGUGGAGAUCAUCUCCUUGAGAAGCGAAUCAAAAAAGGGCAUUUUAUGUUUUGGUUAAACCAAGUCUGAUUUGUGUAUUUUAUCAAAACAAGUGCUGAUAUUGAUCACUUUUAUCUUAUUAUCCAUAUGAUGGUUAAUUAUUGUACAGUUUCGUCAAGAAUGUGUUCAUGAUUAAUACAAAAUGUUUAACGCUUAAAACAGCGUGAACUGAAACCGUCCAUUGAGUCGCCAUAUUUUCAGUUGUUUUGUCAGGAAAAGUAAUCUUCUGAAAAUUGUUCAAAUUUUUACAGCUUAGUCAAUAUUCUAUAGCCGUUUUACAGGGAAAACCAUAGUUUUCUCAAUUCCCGACAACAAUAAUCUCAAUUAAACAAAACGGGAGAGAUGUGUACUUUCCAAUGUGUUCAAAAAACAUUGUCAUUAACAUUGCGUAUGUUGCUUACUUAAAUCUCCAAAUGUUAAAUGCAAUUGUCUCAGGGACUGUUAUCUGUAGUAUGGAAGUGAUUCUUGUAUUCAAAAGUUGAUUGUCUCAUGUUAUUUGUUUUAAUGCCAUUCAUGUAUUAAAAUUAUGCAUUGAAAAUGA